CCCCGGAAGUGCUGUGAGGGUCGUGGUGCCUUUGAGUGGCUCUUGGUGAGCGUUCCUCAACUACAACCCCUCAGAUUCCCUCGCUAGGCAGAAACCUGGAGAGGCGGCCGCUCCUCGGACGGCGGGGAUUGCGCACAAAUGCAACCCCCCAGGGAAGGUUUCUCUCGCGAUUCAGGGCUGCCGGAGUCCCCAAUUGGGACUUCUUCCCUCUCGAGAUUGUAACCCUGGACUUUUCUCCGGUCUAAAGAGUUUUAUCGAGUCACAGAUGCACCCUGCUGCAUUUAGUAUCGCUGCCCACCAGACACUCAGCUUGCCAUUCCAAAAAAAAGGAGAGAAAUUGCAAAUUUCUGGAAAUUAGCGUUAGGAACUCGAAUUUUCUGGGAGGCUUCCUCUCGCACUUCUGCUUCUUGUGCCCACGACAUGUCCUUUUAAAUGCUGAAGACACCUCUGUAUUUCGGCUUGGCAGUAAAGGAUCGCCCUCCCCCUUUAGCAGUCACGUUUCCAUCCUCCCAGCAACCACGAUGCAGUUCUCUCCUGACUCCCCUCUCCGGCCCCACCCUGCUCCAGCCCCGCAGUGAUGCUCAGACUCAGAGAAGAUAUAUUCUGGAAGAAGAGGUCCUCCAGAGGAAUCUUACUGAAUCACAGACUCCAAUUACAGGAAAGCUGCAUGCCGCAUUUUUAGAGGAGCUGCUUUUGCUGGUUCCAGGGAAUCUGUUACCAGAAAAGUCUCCUCUCUGAGCUGGCUCCAGCGGCUCGGUUGACAACAGGCUGAGUCCAUUUCCUGACCAUCUUACCUGAGUAGCACUAGGUCCAGGAGUAGGAGCACCAUGGGUAUGGCAGAGUCCUUGAGAAGGUGGCUACGCUGGAUGCCCUCCACCUCGAGAGGGAGAUGGAUGAACCCAGACAGCAGGGUGGAAACGGAGAGACUGCAGCUCUUGCAUACAGUCAAGAAGUGAUCUAGGAAGAAAUGCCAUCUCUGGGAGCAGAGGGAGAAUCAAUGUCUUUUCAGCUCCUACCCAGGAAUACACCAUCGAAAUAUCAAUUAUAGGGACCCUUACCCCUCGGGAGAGUUGUGGGCCGCUUUUGAACCACUGAGAGGGAACCUCCGGGAUCCUAGAGCGGAUCCCCAGGGAGGGAUUCCGGGAAGUCGUCUCUCCAGGCCACUGUGGGCCCCGAUGGUCAGUCAGGCGUCGGACCGCCGAGUAACAGGAAUUAAUGCCAGAGGGAUGAACAAGGCAUCCAUUUUGAAGGGAAGGUUUUUGUAAGGAUGGAUCCACAUCAGCAAGUCCCCAGCACAUAUAAAAGGGAUACUUUACAGAUUCCUGAGCAUGAAAAGGCCUGUCAGUAUGUGGACCAGUUAGAAAGGCAUGAGGACAGGCCGACAGAAGGAAGACGGUUUACCUGCGGUGAGUGUGGAAAGAAGUUUGCCCAGAGCUCAGGCCUUGUUCGACAUCAGAGGACCCACACUGGAGAGAAACCCUAUGAGUGUGAUCACUGUGGAAAAGGCUUCAGUGAGCGCUCCACCCUCACUGUGCAUGAAAGAAUCCACACUGGCGAGAAGCCCUAUACUUGUAAUGAGUGUAGGAAAGCCUUCAGUGUGAGGGCACACCUGAUCAUACAUCAGAGAAUCCACAAUGGAGAGAAACCCUAUGAGUGUAAUGAAUGUGGCAAAGCCUUUAGUGUGAGCUCGGACCUUAUCAAACAUCAGAGAAUCCACUCUGGUGAGAAACCUUAUGAGUGCGACGCAUGUGGGAAAGCCUUCAGUGUGAGCUCAGCCCUCAUCAAACAUCAGAGAAUCCACACAGGAGAGAAGCCGUACGAGUGUAAGGAGUGUGGGAAGGCUUUCUCUGUGAACUCAGCCCUCAUUAACCACCAGAGGGUUCACUCUGGAGAAAAGCCCUACGAGUGUGGAGAAUGCAGGAAAGCAUUUAGCCAGAUCGCAACCCUGAUCCAUCACCAGAGAAUCCACACAGGAGAGAAGCCGUACGAGUGUGCCACAUGUGGGAAAGCCUUCCGUGGGAGCUCUAAUCUUACUAAACACCAGAAAAUUCAUGCCAAGAAGUGUCCUCAGUGAUUUAGGUGGUGAAGCUAUUCCAACGGCCUUUUUUGGUAUUAAAUGGUACACCAAAAGAAGGAUAUGGGAAAAGCUUAUGUUUUCAUUGACAUUUGGCUCUUUAGUAUAUUGAAGAAGUGAGAAGUCAGUGAAAAAUGACUCUGAGAAUGAUUGACAGCCUCUAAAAUCACAUCUACUUCUGUAAAUGCACUUUUAUAACUCAUAAGGUAAAAGCAUCAUGCCAUGAUGAAGUUUGUUUGGGUUUAAUAAGAGCAAACUUCGACAUUUUAAACCUUGCUUUUAUAUUUUCUUAAGUACAAGCCUUUUGUUAUUGUUGCUAUUCCAGUAUUUUGGGGGAAACAUACUGAAUUUUGAAAUUAGAAGUAAUGAUGGUUGGCAAGACAGGGACCACAUACCUCAUUGAAUCUGGAAACACUAACCUAUUGGUCUUCCUUUCUUUUGUUGUCCCACGAUGUUCUCAGGGAUGAUUCGAUGGGUUAGUAACCUGGCAGAGGGCAGACUAUCUCUUUUUAGGUAGUGAUCCCAAUAGAUAUUCUUUGAGAUUGUUCUUACUUAGUCAGCUUACUGAUCCAAAAAACCCCUGAACUUGACUAAGCUUCCUGAACCAAAAAAAAAAAAA